CACACUCUCACUACCUAAUUGAUUGAUGCUACUAUCUCUUUUCUGAUUAAAAAUUAAAUUUUUGAUUUUGGAAUAACCUGCGACUCUUCGAAUUAUCCGAGGCCACACCUUUUAUAUGGUCGCUGCUGCAAAAUGGCUUCGUCCCUUUUGACAAAGAUUCUUUUAUCUCCUCGCUCGAUUCACACCUCCUCCUUAUUCACUCACCACCCACCAAUUCUCUCUUCUCUCUUCAAUAAGCAGGUGUUCUCUAUACGAGCUGUUUCAACCUUUACAUCCCAAAAUACUAAGUUGACUAGUUGGGCUCCUUGUAUGGCUUCUUCAGUAGUUAGUAGAAGAGCUACAUAUUCGACGCGAUCUGCACCUACGAAUGAGCCGGUUGUUUCUGUAGAUUGGCUUUACGAAAACUUGAAGGAGCCGGAUAUUAAGGUAGUGGAUGCGUCCUGGUACAUGCCGGAUGAGCAAAGGAAUCCGAUUCAAGAGUAUCAGGUUGCUCACAUUCCCGGGGCCCUUUUCUUUGACAUAGAUGGAAUCGCAGACCGCACUACAAAUUUGCCGCACAUGUUGCCUUCAGAGGAAGCUUUUGCCGCUGCUGUUUCUGCUCUUGGCAUACAUAACAAAGACGACCUAAUUGUUUAUGACGGAAAAGGACUAUUUAGUGCAGCCCGUGUUUGGUGGAUGUUCCGAGUGUUUGGACAUGACAGAGUUUGGGUAUUAGACGGUGGCCUACCAAGAUGGCGUGCAUCUGGUUACGAUGUUGAAUCUAGUGCUUCGAGUGAUGCUAUUCUUAAAGCCAGUGCUGCAAGUGAGGCAAUAGAGAAAGUAUCUCAAGGACAAGCAGUUGGUCCAAUCACAUUUGAGACUAAAUUUCAGCCACAUCUUGUUUGGACCCUUGAACAGGUAACGAAAAAUAUAGAGGAAAAAUCUCACCAACAGGUAGAUGCUCGAUCAAAGCCUAGGUUUGACGGAAUUGCACCAGAGCCCAGAAAGGGAAUCAGAAGUGGCCACGUACCUGGCAGCAAAUGCAUUCCUUUUCCCCAGAUUUUAGAUAGUUCACAAGCAUUGUUACCAGCAGGCGAGCUUAAGAAGCGAUUUGAACAAGAAGGCAUCUCUUUGGAAAAGCCGGUCGUGACUUCGUGUGGAACAGGAGUAACUGCAUGCAUUCUUGCAUUGGGUCUUCAUCGUCUUGGAAAGACCGAUGUUCCGGUUUACGACGGAUCAUGGACCGAAUGGGGAUCACAUCCUGAUACUCCUGUUGACACCGCAGAUAUCGCCGCAAAAACGCAAUAGAAUCACCAAAAUGAAAUUGCAUGGCAAAAGGCUGUAUCUAGUUUUCAAAACAUUUUGAGCAGAACUGAUUUAUGUCUGCAUCUUUGCUUUAAAAAUGUUAAUAAUGACAGGAUUGUUUGAUAACUGUACUAAGGUUUGUGUUUUUAGUUCUUGUCAUAUGAAAUAAAAUCAAAGUUAAAAGGA